AUGGACAGCCUCUGCCGAGAUGGAGACGCUGACACGCGGUUACUGGGCCGCAAAACCCUGGGUGGCAAGCUCCAGUGGGAGCAGAAGUUCCGGCUGGAGGCCCUUCAAGCGGAGGGGCAUGCCAAGCGGCAGCAGGCUCUGGGCAACCAAGCGGGGCGCCCGCUGGUGCAGCGAGGAUGGGCGACGGUGCAGCGAACUGCCAAAGUCAGAGCCAACAGAAGCGGCAGCUCCGAGAUUCUGGGGAGCUUGGAGGAGGGCAGUUCCGUUUUCGUAGAUGCGGUGUUGGGGAAGCAGGCGCUCAUCCAGCAGCCGUUGAGAGGGUGGGUAGCACUUGAAAAAAGAGCUGGCCCCGUUUUCCGACAAGAAGAUUGCCAGAAGCUGCGGCCGGGCGAGAAGCCAGCCUUGCAAAGUGUCGUCGAUGACGUGCUCAUGCGGCUGUGCCAGGCCCCCACUGAGGCAGCAGCAGACAUGACAGAUGAUGAGCCACGGCCCAACUUCACCAUUGCGAUUCGAAGCCUUCCAAGUUCUGCGUGGGACAACAUACACGAACGUUUCAAGCCUGAGCAGCAUACCACUUCCCACAUGACAAGGACUCUCGAAUACCUUCCCAGCACUGCAUGCGAGGGUUCUGAUCAAGUGAAGGGAGGCAAGGCGGAUGCCCGCGUUGUCGCUUCUCAUCCGAUGUGCGGGCUUGGGUUAGCAUUCGUGGUGGCUGCUGCGCCAGACUGUGCCAAGCCGCUGAACUUGACGGCGAUGUCGCAAGGCCUUGCAUCCAGCGUCGACCGCAGCUGCCUCCAAAGCACCUCCAACCCUUGCCACAGAGACGGAGCAAGCGACUUUCGCAUCCUUCCAGGCCAUGCGUGGGCCAAGAUUCACGCUGCUUUUUCCGAGAAGAACAUCGACCGUGGCAUAGAUGCUGAUCUUUGCAUGAUGCCCGGUGCUGCGUGGACGAAGCUGCAUUGCAAUUGUCCGAAGGCUCCGCGCAUGUAUCCCAGUGAUGGCCGCGCAGGGCAAAACCUACCGCAAGGAGCCUUUUCCCUGUUCGGUUUGGGAUUUGGAUUUGUUGUGCUAGCAAUGCCAAGCCAGCACACGUGGGGACUCAAGCUGGUGGCAUCCCUUCGUUUGCCACCGGCUCCACAACAUGCCACAUCAGGCGACUUCCGGACUUUGCCCAGCGCCAGCUGGCAAAAGCUCUAUGCACACUUCCCCGGCCAGUCAAGUCCCUCAACCGCAAACAGCACUGGACGUAUAGAGUUGGGGGCGGCCCCAACCGCAGACAAUUGGAUGCCGAUGCACUUCAUGACACUGCGUGAAGCUGUCCGAAAUGCAUUUUGCUGCCGACGACGCAGGCAGAGCUCAUGA